GCAGGUGUCUGUCGUCGUCGUCGGUUCGUUCGGUUCGGUGUCGACUCGACUCACCUACCUGUCAAGCAAAUCGGCCGUUGUUAUGUUUACAGUUUACAUGUCGAUUUAGUUUGUGUAAGUUUUAGUGUGCAAUAUGCAGAGAGAAAUCAGAAUUGAAGACAAGAGUUUAAUCGAUUCGAGAGAAAUUACUAAAAUAAUUAUCCAAAAUGGGUCAGGAUUUAUUUGGAAUGCCGAUGAUUGGUUGAAACUUCGGGAAGACCACAGAAUUGUUGGUAACCUAACUGGCUGCUUGGUUGGACUUCCGAGGCAGGAAACUUUACAGGGCCUUCCAUUGGUCCUGUUGCCAGAGGAAGUAACUUUAUUGGUCGAGAAAAAAGUGGCCAGACUCAUAGAUGAUUCAAUUCUCACAGAACUUCCACCAGAACAAACUAAAGAGAGAUACAUUUCAUACAAGGAACAGAACAAGAAGGAACAGAUGGAUUGUUAUGAAGAUCAACGACGACAGCAAGUAACUUCCAUGAUUGACAGGAUCAUAGAUGGAAAGCGAAGGAAGUUAUUGGGUCUUAAUACUAAAAAGAGAAAGAGGAGCGAUGAAGGUGAGGUCGGUGAGGAAAAAAUUAUGGACAUUGAACUGGACAGAGAAGAAAUUCUGAAAAAUGAGCUCAAUAAAUCUGCUGAGAAUUUUUCCCCACCAGUCCUUGUUCAAACAUUUACAAGUGAACAAUGGCUGGGUGAUACAGACACCAAGAAAGUUAUUUGGAAGUUCCCAGAAUCUGAUCACGAGAAGCUGAAGUAUUUUGUGUUUAGAGAUUUGUGGGAGAAAGGGUAUUACAUCACUGAUGGUCACAAAUUUGGUGUCGACUAUUUGGUGUACCCAGGUGACCCAGUAAAAUUCCACGCUCAAUUCCUGAUUGUGUGUAUCGAAAGUAACAGCAACAUACCUCCUUCAGAUCUCAUUGCUUAUGCCCGGCUAGGAUCAACAUCAAGAAAAACAUUUGUUAUCGCAAGUAAACUGCCUGAUAAAGAAGACAUAUUUUACAGUUCUUUUCAAUGGAAUGAGAAAAGUUAACAAUGCAAUACAGACUGGGUUUUCAUGAACGCCUAAUUGUGAGUGAAGUGGAAGCUAAUAAAUCAACAAGAAGAUCA